CACGCUGCAACAGCUUGGGUGCACUGUUGGAGGCCAGGGCAACUAGGGCAGACAACAGAAAUUGGGCAAAGCCAGGGGACAGAAAACCAUUGGGCUGAGUCUGACAUGGUUCAUUUGUGUGUUUCCAUUUCAGAUGAUGGUCCCCGGCUUGAAUCUGUACAGAAAGGAUCACCAAAGUCUGUGCAAAGUGGAGGAACAAAGAUGACUGAUAUGGCUACUUUGCGACGACAGUCAAUAUCCAGAACAGGCUCGACUCGACAGGAUCGUGGCUCCUGCUCUUCCACUGCAUCUUGUCCUGUCUUCUCUGGACCUUACAGUGACCAAGAGGAAGACCCUCCACUGCGCCGCCAGUCCUCCCCUUUACUAAAAGGCUCUCUUUCCAGUUUUCACAGCUCUACCGGUCCAAGUCCCAAAGGUUCCCUCUCCAGCCUCCAGGGGUCUGAUCCCUGCCUCCAAGGAUCUCGGUCAAGUCUCCGAGGAUCUCUGUCCAGCUUCCAGAACACUUUACCCAACAAUCGAGGAUCAAUCUCCCGACUAAAAAGGCUGUCGCUCGGGAGUCUGGACACCUCCAGCCCAAGCACAAGUGAGUGGAGUAGAGGUCCCAGCCUACAGAGCAGCAAUGGCAGUUCCAGUGAUGAUGAUGGCAGCUGGGACACAAACAGCUGGAGCUCAGUGGCCACGUGCCUGCUACGGAUUCCUGUCAAGCAGGACUCCAUUGAGACCUCGGUGGAAUCAGGUGGAAAAACCGGCACCACUGAUCCAGCAUCCUCUACUGCCAAGACUGAGGAAGAAAUCAUUUACCAAAAUCUUAUCUUCACCCGACCUCCUGUUAAAACCGAAAGCAAAAGAGACUCUGCUCCUGAGAGGACUUGUACAAUGCUAAGGAACAUCACAGCAAACCAGAGUAAGUCCACAUCCUGCCUCAGCAAGAAUGUCUCAUCCCAUCAGCGGAACGAGAAGACGGAAGACAGGCGCAAGUUUUCACAGUUUCUGAAUGAGGUUACUUGCAGGGUGUUAAAGUGCACCAGCAGCCCUCCUCAGCAGCAGUCCACCCUCAGACAUCACUACCCAUCUCCUCCGCAGCCGCCACCAUCAACUCCUUCUCACCCACCUUUGCAUUCAGCACCAACAAACCCACCAACCCCGUCUACAUCAGCUAGAAACUUAUGGUACAGCUCUACUAGCUCAAACCUUCAGGCCAUCACGGACUACAACUCAAAGGAUUUUGCAAACUCCAUCCACCAGUGGAGCAAGACAUUGCCAAGCUGUAAGAUCUUGGAGCCCGGAGAUGUGUUGGGAAAAGCAAAAGGGGAAAGUCACUCAUACCCAGAGCGUGACCUGGGGCUAUGUACCAAGAUUCAGUCGCAGCCCUCUACUGGGAGACUAUAUCUGGAGACUGACAUUGACAGAGUGAGGAGACUUGAUGAACUUGUAGCUAAUGGCACCCUCGGGAAAGAGAGGAAUGAGAAAGUGCCGGAGAAAGGUAUGGAGAGAGGGAAGGAGAGGGAAAACAGGAUGCCAUGGGAGAGAAAUGGAGUCUUGGGGAUUGAGAAAGGGAAGGACAAGGAGAAGAGAAAAGAGAUCUCCUGGGAGAAAGAUGAAGGGGGUGAGAAAGUGAAGGAAGUUAAUAAAGGGACAGAAAGGCCCUGCUGGGAGAAAGACAGAAGGACAGAAAGAGGAAGAGAGAGGGAGAAGAAAGUGGUGUUUCCAAAUUAUGAGCCUCCUCUUCCUCAACUGGCUGCCAGUAGACGGACAACUCCCUGCCCUGUCUUCAGCUGGCCAGACGGAUAUCCUAAAAUGUCCUAUAGGUCCACCUCAUUGCCCAGACCUUUUAAUAUCACUGAAUCUGAUGGAGAGAUGCAGCAUGACAUGAGCUCAUUCCACGACCACAAGGAUGACCUCCGUAAGCGCCUGUCGUACACCACCCACAAACUAGAGAUGGUGGAAACAGAGUUCGACUCCACUCGGCAGUACCUCGAGACAGAGCUGCGGCGCGCCCAGGAGGAACUGGAGAAAUUUACAGAAAAGCUACGCAGGAUCCAAAAUAGCUAUGCAGCGCUUCAGAGGAUCAACCAGGAUUUGGAGGACAAGAUGCACAGAACGUCCCAGCACCAUGAAGAGGAGAAGCGAGCCCUCAGCCGGGAAAUCAUUGUUCUCAACAACCACCUCAUGGAGGCGAAGAUCACCAUUAAUAAACUCAGAGAGGACAACGACCUGUACAGGAAAGACUGCAACCUGGCAGCCCAGCUGCUGCAGUGCUCCAAGUCACACUACAGAGCACACAAGAUGUCUGAGCUGCCACUGGAUUUCCAGGAGCGCGUCAGUUCCCACAUGGAGAAACAUAAUCGGGGUAGUGGAGCCACAAUGGCAAUGUGUCACUCCAAUUACUCUGAUGCUGUGCCCACAGCCAUAAUUGCCAAGGUGCUGGAAAAGCCCGAACCCGGGAGCAGUUGCCCUGUAACGCGAUCACCCAGCCCUCAGCCACAGGAUGGAGACUUUUUAACAGGAACCGGAAGCACCGAUCAUCUGAACCGUCGCAUUGCAUUUAAGACAUCUGACCUGUACUGCAGCGACACAGCCCUCUACUGCCCCGAACGAUGGCAAGAGACAGAGCGCAGGCAGAGCGUCGACCUCCACGGCACCGCUCUGCUUCAGCUUCACGCUCAGAACUCCACUGACAGCAACCCAGAUGAAGACGCUUUCCACUCUGGAAGUUUCUCUCAUCACGAGCCUCCAUCCUCCUUCCACCACCAUGAUGAGUUUGGCACUGGUAGCCUGCCUGCUUCCAGUUCAUACUCCAGCUUCAGCCUUGCAUCAGAUGAGAAGGGGGGGGUAAGUGCUGGGUGUGGGCGCACUGCCAGCAGCACAUUAUCCUCUUCCCACCAGGGUCUCUAUAUGGACUGGCGAGAUGGAGGCAGUGGGGACUAUGAGCGCAAAAGCAUGUCCUCUUAUGAUAAAGACAGCCCAAGCUUCCCAAAAUCCCACAGCAUCCAGCACAUGGUGGCUCCCAGGAGCCCAAAGAAAGGCAGCUCACCAGCGUACACAAGGACAGCUUCCUGCUUCAGUGAACCGUACCACUCCAGUACCCCUCGCCUGGCUUCUUCUCACAGCAUGGGGUCUACAACUGGACUGGGAGGGGCUCAUGGAGGAGCCCUGGACAGCCGAGAUGACGUCCACGUCACCGAGGAUGACCUGAGCAGCCGGUGGAGACAGCUGAGUGUCGAAGACAUCAACACCAUCUCAUCUUAUCGUAACAUCACAGGGCGCGGCUCUCCGUACAGUUUUUCUGAGCACCACUUUGCCAUGGGCCCCUCCAGUAAAGUCAAGGGGUCUCUCUACAGCAGCUUCCAAGAAGGAGAUGACGUCUUCCACAGCCGUGUGCUGGACCAGUGUUUUGCUCUGGAUUCCCCUUCACCCAGUCGCAGUCCCAAACCUCUGGAGCAUCGUAAGCAGGAGAAAACUUCUGUGCUGUACAGAGCCAAGGAUGACAGUCAGGACUCAGAGUGCAGCCUGUUCCUCUCAGGGAGCUCUAAAGACAAGGAGAGCAGUGGGGGAGCAACGGUGGCGAGUAGCAGCAAGAAGGACUAUGUGAAUCUGAGUGCCGAUAGCUCAGCGGAGUCCUUACACCAAAGCUCGCUUGAAGCCUCGAGUCUUCAGCACUACCCUAGCCCCAGGCCGAGCGUCCGGCCUCGACCGAGUUCCAGUUCUGCUCUCAGCGUAGGCCCCGCGCUCCCAAAGAAGAACUCUCCAAGAUACCAAAAAUUUGGCAGCACAGGACUGACAAGGAAGGACAGUUUGACCAAGGCACAGCUGUAUGGUACACUGCUGAACUGAUUGAAGAAAGAGAGCUCUUCAUUUUAUGCAUGAUGACAAUGAUGAUGAUGAUUCCUAACCUACUGUACUGUACUAUAUGUCUCCCUGCAGCAAACACAUGCUUGGUGUGAUGGGGCGUUCAGAUGUUGUUGUUUCAUGUACCUUAGCCACGGCACGUUUCACACAGUCCGCAAUGUUUUUUCUAUUGUAUGUCACGAUAUGGUGUAGCUACCUGAGACCAGCUACUCAGUCUGUUUUUGUUUCCGUGAUAAUGAUGAUAAUUAGAGCCACCAGGCUGAAAACACAUUCCCACCAUGCCACAGACCCAGCUACAUGAACAUACUGUGCUGUUUGUUUGGGGUUUUUUUGGUGUUAAGUACUAUUCGUAAAACCAGCAAAAGACCAUUACUUUCUGCUCUAAUAUAAACAGUAUCGAUAAUGGUUAAGCGAGGAUAAUGAGAUGACUUAAUUAGUUGUAUUUGGGAGAGAUUAUCUAACAUGUAUAGUGAAAAAGAUUUAAUCAUUCUCUAUUUUCCCUUCAACAAAAUGUUGCAUAGUGCAUAUAAAUAGGAUGGAAAAACACAUUUUCAGUUAACUGCCCUUACUAAAAGUUAACAUUUUUUUAAAGUGGUUACAUUAAACAUUUAUAUAUAUAUAUACACACACACACACACACACACACACACACACACACACACACACACACACACACACACACACACACACACACACGUAUACACUACCCGUGAAAAGUUUUAGAACACUCCAAUUUUUCAAAGGUAAGUGGUGACCUGUCAGAAGUUAAAAAAAAAAGUUAGGUUGCCCAAAACUGAAAAAUAAUAUACAUUUCAGAAUUAUACAAAAAGGCCUUUUUCAGGAACUACAAAUGGAUUAAAAACUUAAAGUUGUUCUGCAGGAAUGGAGGUUUAUCAAGCCUUAAAAGUUGGUGCUACAAAAUCCUACAGGCGUCCCAACUUUUCUUCAUUACUUACAACCUCCUCUGUCUGCAUAAAAGUAGUGGUGGAACACACCACUGCACCAUACUCGCGAGAGCAUUAUUUGAACAAUAUUGUACUGCAGAAAGCAGUGUGUUGCUAUAAAAAUGGAGAGGAAAGGCAAUUAAAAAUAUAAUAGAGACAGACCAUCAUAACACUUAGAAAUGUAAGUCUUUCCUACAGAGAAAUUGCGAAGAAAGUCAAGGUGUCAGUUAGGACAGUUUCUUCACCAUCACAAGGCACUCAGAAACUGGGGGAAACUCUGACAGAAAGAGGUCUGGAAGACCCAAAGCCACAACAGAAUCAGAAGACAAGUUUCUGAGAGUCAACAGCUUGCCUGAUUGGCAGCUCACAGGACAACAGCUUCAAGCACAGCUUAAUAGUGGUCAUAGUGAGAAGUUUCAGUUUCAACUGUGAAGAGAAGACUUUAUGGAGUUGCAGGUUUGACAGGUCGAGUUUCAGCAAGAAAACCGUAGCUAAGACAUCAAAAUAAGAAAAAGAAGCUGGAAAAAGGGCCAUGAAACACCACAAAUGGACUACUGAAGACUGGAAGAAGGUAUUAUGGACUGAUGAAUCAAAAUUUGAAAUCUUUGGUUCAUCAUGCAGGAUUUUUGUACGUCGUUGAGUAGGAGAAAGGAUGGUUCCUCAGUGUGUGAUAUCAACUGUCAAAUAUGGAGGAGGAAGCGUGAUUGUCUGGGGCUGUUUUGUUGGAUCCAGGGUCGGUGACUUGUAGAGAGUGAGAGAAACCCUCAACCAAAACGGCUACCACAGCAUCCUACAGCACCAUGCACUACCCUCUGGUAUGAGCCUAGUUGGUUCAGAGGUUCAUCCUACAACAAAACAAUGAUCCAAAACAUCAGUCCAAGCUAUGCCAGAACUACCUUAGGAAAAAAGAACAAGAUGGUAAGCUUGAAAACAUGGAGUGGCAGCACAGUCUCCAGACUUAAACCUCAUGGAGCUGGUUUGGGAUGAACUGGACAGAAGAGUGAAAGUAAAGCAACCUACAAGUGCUACACAUUUAUGGGAACUUCUGCAACAGAGUUGGGAAGAACUUUCUGAAGAAUAUUUGAUUUCCAUUGUGGAAAGAAUGCCACGAGUGUGUGUUUAAAACUUCAUUUGUGUAUUUGUUCUAUGCUUUCAUUUCAGAGUACAAUGAGACAUUAACUUAGUUAAUUUCAAAUAAAAAACGGAAAAAUUGGGGUGUUCUAAAACUUUUGAUUGGUAGUGUAUGUAUAUAUAGAUAAACAGACUAUUGCUACAUUAAAUGUUCAAAUACAAUAAUUGAGUAGAGAUGGUUAAACAGACAUUAUUUAAACAAUGAUACCACAAGAUACCUGCAAGAUUUUUAAUCUGCUGGAGGGGUUUUCAUAUUUUGGUAUCAAAAUAAGAUAAAUUGAAUGAAAUUGGUGGCUGUACAGUAGCUACUGUUAAAUGAGGACACCUGUGAAUUUGCCUUAAUUCUUGAACAGAAUGGUCUCCUUUACAGCAUCUAACAAUUCUGUACAUACUGUAUAUCUGCUGUAUUGUUACUGUAUGUAUACACUACUGUUACAGCGUUAUGCUCUUCCUAUCAGAUGGCACACACAUGCAGGCAGCCAGUUUCUAGAAGAAGGACAAAGUCUGUUCUCAUACAUUUUUCAGCUGAGAUCUCCAUUGAAAUUCCUUUUAGUUUAACAUGACAACAUUUUGAUCUGUUUGGAAAUCUGACAAAAGGAGCCAAAAUUUCUACGUUGAUACCAACUUUUCUACACCAGUGGCACUAGAUACACAAACUGAAACAAAUGUGUUGGUUCCUGUAGUUUGCGAGAGAGAUUAAUUGGACAGUUCUCCUGGCAGUUCUGCAAUGUAUGCACUCAAAGAUGCACAGGCAAGUGGUAAGAAACAACUGAUUACUGACAAAAAUGUACAGUCAGUGUGUUGUUUUACACCAGCAUGCUCAGCUAGGCUAUUUCAGAGAAAACACUGUGAGCACAGACAAAGCGUGUAUAUACACAUUCAUAGAACGUGGCAAAGACAUGCUGACAUGUUGAUGGAUUUUUUAAAAAAUGGUAUUAAGACCUCACCUUAUGUUACAUGAAGACCUGGAGAGAUGUUGUUCUGCGGCCCAACAAUCAUGCUAUCAUCAUUUCUAGUACGCAAAAGUACAACAUGACAGUGUUCCAACAUCUGUGCACCAAGGAUUUCUUCCUGCUGAUGUAGCUCUGUUGAUCUGAGAGGAAAGGCAAUAGGGAAACGGCAAAUAAAGAGAACUCAGUUUUGUCCUUGAGUCGUCAUGUGGAUUUUAUUUUGGAAUGCCAUGCUCUACCUCUCCAGUUCCUGCAGACCUGAAAAUGGGCUUAAGGCAGUUUUAAAAAUGAUAAAGUGACACCUCAUAUUUUCGUCAUGUUUAUGAAUGUAAAACUGCACCACAUGGGCCACAAAAAGUCUUCAAUCAUGCCAUUAUUCAGUAAGAUGAUGGUAUUAACAGGGUGAAAAAGGUCUGAAUUUAAAUAUGACCACUGUACAGAGAGAUUGAGAGGAUAUAUGGUAUUUUUGUUGUGGACAUAAUGUAUAAAAAGAGUCACUACGUACACGAUUGUUAUGACACUAUGACUAUUUUUUAUCUAGUUUCUGUUGAUGUUAUAUUUAUGGAAUAUUUUGACCCUGAAUGACGAGGCUGACGUGGUUCUGUCCUGUCCUACCUCCAGCCCUGUUCCAGGAACAACAGGCCAGCUGUCUAAAUGUCAACAUGUUUGUCUGUCUGAUGCAUGGUUAUAUAUUUUUGCUGUAUGUUUAUUUACUUAAUAAAGAUAGGUGUUGGGAAAUACA